AUGGGGAGGGGGGAUGGGGGGAUUCAAGGGGGAGAGGGGGCGGUGGAGGAGGGGGGUGUGUUUGGCAGUAGGGAGGCGUGGGGAGGGGAGGGGAUGGUUGGCUGGGGCGAUUGGAAUGAGGGUUUUGGGGGAGAUGAUGGGGAUGGGGGGCGAGAGGAGGGGAUGAGGCACGGAGAUGAUGGUGGGAGGAAAGGUGGGGAGAAUGGGGAGAUGGAUACUUGGGGGGGUAGAGGAAAUAAGGAGGAGGACGAGGGGGGAGAGGUCCAUAGGGAAGAGGGAGUGAAUGGGGAGGAAGUAGAGGAGGAAAAGGAAGAGGGAGAAGAAGGGGAGGAAGUGGUGGAUAGGGAAGAGGGAGAAGAAGGGGAGGAAGUGGAGGAUAGGGAAGAGGGAGAAGAAGAGGAGGAAGUGGAGGAUAGGGAAGAGGGAGAAGAAGGGGAGGAAGUGGAUGAUAGGGAAGAGGGAGAAGAAGGGGAGAAAGUUGAAGAGAGGGAAGGAGAAGAAGUGAGGGAGAAGGCGGAGGAGACGGAAGAGGGACAAGGACUGAGUGAAGGAGGAGAAGGGGAGGAGUGGCAAAAGGAUUCAAUGGAGAGGAAGGCUGGGGUAGAGAUAGGGCCGUUAAGCGUUGCAGCUGGAGAGCAAAAGGAGAGAAAAGGGAUAAAAUUGACAAAAAUAUGGUGUUGCGGCGAGUAG